AUUCGUUUUAUAAAUUAAAUAAUAUUAAAUUACUCAGUGUUUGGUGAGGCCCAGUGCACAUGUGCUAGUACUUCUAGUGUUAAAAUGGAUGACGAAAACAAUAGAUGUAUAAUAUGUGGCAACUACCUAAACGAUAACAUAACCGUUGUAAAAGAGAGGGGACUGCAAAGAUUGUUCGCAUGUAGCGUUACUAGAGCUGACGGCAAACAAAACUUUUUCAAAAACCGAACCGAAGUAAGAGUACACAGUAAAUGUCGCAACUCGUACUGUAACCCCAAAUGCAUGCAAGCCGUUUUGAAAAGGCAGAGAAAAGCUUGGCAGAGUAUGUCGGCGUUGGCCGGCGGAUUCGAUUUUCAAAAUAAGUGUUUGAUUUGCGACAAAGAUGCUUCAGUAUUGUUUGAGCAGCGGCACGCGCUGUAUCCGGAGUCUAACAGAGCUGCAGUAGGCCGAGUUGAGACGGUGGAAACGCAAAAUAUAAUACUGAAAGCAUGUGCAAGAGAAGACGAUUGUUGGAGUCAGCUAGUUCUCUUACGAAUUGGCCAACACAAUAUUUUGGAAAAACAUGCUCGCUUUCACUAUGAUUGCUACAAUAUAUUUUGUGAAGUCUCGAAUCCAUUGGAACAAGACCCUCAGUCGGGAACCACUGAAAAUGCCAUGACAUUCAUCCAUGAUCAGGGCAUGGAUCAAGACUUCAAUAUGACAGAGUCAUCAGACUUUGAUGUAACGGAGCCAUCAAAUUUAAAUAUGUCGGAAUCAGACUUCAAUAUGCCGGAGUCAUCAGACUUCUCCGUCAAGAUGGAGCCGGAAGAUACUGAAGAGAACCUGGAGAUGGAGCCUGUCAAGCAAGAACCGGGUAUGGAGUGUCAAGAUACUUUAAACGUUUCAGACCCUUUGAGAAGUCCUGAUUGUUCAAAACCAGUGCUACCAGUAACACCGGUGACAAAACCAACAAUAAGGAAACAGCUCCUACCAACCCACUGCCAGAUAUGUGACCUCCCACUGCCAAUCACACAGGUGAACAUUACAGCGAAGGGUCUCCACACACUGAAGAGCUUCAGCGAGAGACGCAUGGACUGCAGGUUCCCUCCUGACUUCCAAGGCCCUGUCCAUAUCCACAAAAAAUGUAGAAAGUUAUACACAAACAUACGCGUACUCAAUAAGGAAGCUCGGGAGGCCGCCACUAGCUUCUCCACUGCCGGGACUGAGUCUGGCGAUAAUGAUGAUGAUGAUGAGACUGAGGACUAUGUGGACAUGGAACCGGAUACAUCUGCAGACCUGGAGGCCUCAGAGACGUUGUCAGAAUCAUUUGAACCGGAGGAAAUGACAGUGCCUACAAAAUCGGAAUUGCUGACGCAGAAACUUUUCGGUACACCUGAGGUUUGCGGAAUAUGCCACAACGCCCUAACCAAAGACAAAGUGAUAGUAACUUACAAGGGUUACCUAAGCCUGCAACGCUCCAGCGACCUUCGCCAAGACGGCAAAUUCCCUAUGGGUACAGAACACGAGUCUAUACAACUCCCAGUGCAUAGAUAUUGCAGGAAACUGUACACUAGGGAGCGUGUCAUACGACAGAGCAUUUGUAAGCGGGUACAGAGGCAAAUGAACCCUAAUAUACCGCCGCCUGAUGGGACUAGGUUCGACUACUUAACGCAAUGCCUCUUCUGCUGCGGCGACGCGUCCGAAGCGUUCGUGCGGGCGUGCAUGCGCGCCAAGAAGAAGCAGCACCACGUGAGCCUGGUGAAGAAACCGGACAUGGCGGGCAAGCUGUACCGGACCUCGCUCGAUUAUCCCGACUCGGACUUCGGAGAGUUCCGAAAGCGAGUAAAAGACAAGGAUUUGCCAGCACUCCGCGCUCGCUACCACAAACUUUGCUUCAUCAAAUUCCUCAAGCCGAGGAAACCCGUACAUCCCGGCGCUCCCGGCCGACGCCCCACCUACAACACUGCCGACCUUGAACACCUCACCAACCAUAUCGAAAACAACUUCCAAGACUCCCAGUUCAAAUUCUCUGAUAUCAACUCAGCUAUGAGCAGACACACUUUUUGCCGUAAAAUUGAAGAACUGUACGGUAGCAUGGUGCACUGCAGAAAUGAUUUCUUAAUCGUACAACCCGCUCAAGAGAUCCUUAAAGGAAAAUGGCACGAGGAGAGACUUCAAGAUGAGAAAAGUGAGCGAUUAAGAAUUGUCAGAACGGCGGCAAAUAUUAUAUUAGAAGAUUGCAGAUCGACGCUGUUUGAUACACAAACCUAUCCGUCACCAUCAGAGUUCUUGGACGAAGUUAACUCCGUGAUACCAGAAAGUCUGAAGACUUUUGUUGAAACUGUAGUCACGAAGUACCAAAAGGACCCAGAACCAUUGCAAAGUACUGUGACGGCUUUAAGUCAUUCUAUUAUGACAGCUGCAAGACCUCGGUCUUUUAAAAGCCCCCUACUUUUAGGCAUCGGCAGUUUGAUUCAUCAGAAAUAUGCUUCUAAAAGUUUAAUAGACUUGCUGUCUUCUAUAGGCUUUUGUGCUUCGUAUAAGGAUGUGCGUCAAUUGGAAAUGGCAAUGGCUUCCAAAGGUGUCUCUCGUUCCCGGUCAGAGUUUACUCAGUUCGUGUUUGAUUGUGUUGAAAGUGAUAAAGGACCUAUGCUUGUCGGCGUUGAGUGUACUACACCAACAACGGAUGACACACCAGUCAAAAUACUAGACAAAAUUCAAGAUCUUGGUAAAGGAGAAUAUAAAGCAACAUUGAAGAAACAGCAUCCCAGGUCUAACCUUGUGAAUGUGUUAAUAGAAGACCAUAGAGACGACACAGCGAUUCUCCCGACUAGAGGUGAUGCUCUAUGGUUGUUUGGAAAGAGUGAACCGUCUAUCGACAUGCCUGGAUGGGAGUAUUUCAUAAGCAAAAUGCCACCAGUAAAAGAACACCAAGUAUCAGAAGUUCGUGCUUUACCCGUGAUAGAAUCCCCGCCCACAAAAGACGCGAUUUACACAGCGCUUAAAGAAGCUCAGAAGAAAAGUAAAGGAACAUCUUUAGUUACGUUCGAUCAACCGAUGUAUCAAACAGCCCAGAAAAUAGUUACAAAUCCGAGUAAUUUAAUGCUCGAUGUUGUUUUGAAAUUGGGAGGAUUCGAUUUGAUAAAAUCGUUUCUUGGUGCCAUUGGGUUUAUCAUGUCUGGGAGCGGGUUGAAAGAGCUGUGGUGCAAUCUUUACGCCGCAGAACAUAUUGAGAAAAUGAUGACAGGACACGCUUUCGCUCGCGCUAUAAGAGCACAUUUUCUGACGCGGUCGGCUCUCUUCAAUAUUAUAACAAAAGAUUUUGACUUGACACCUGAUGAGAAAUUAGAAAUUGAAGGGAUUUUGGAAGGAUGCUACAUUCCGGAUGAUAACCAGAAAAGUUAUGAGGAACCAUUGGCUUUAACUCUGGAACUGCUUGAAAAGCGAGGCCCGACUGCCCAGCUGUGGGUCCAGUAUUUCCGUAUGACUACCCUCGCGGCUCAGUUCAUUGAGGCAGAACGAUCUGCCAAUUGGGAUCUUCACCUAUCAAGUAUUAAAAAGAUGUUGCCAUAUUUCCACGCUGCUGGUUAUUUCGAGUAUGCAAAAUCUUGCAGCCUGUAUUUACAAGACAUGAAAGCUCUUGAAACCAAGAUGAACGAGAGGGAAUUGGAGAAAUUUACUAAAAAAGGAUAUUUUGCUGUUAGAUGGACGGAGAAUUUUGAAUGGGCUGACAGAGUGGUUGAAAAAACUAUGGGACUGUUGAAGAGACCUGGAGGUAUCACAAAUGGGACAAAAGUUACUGAUGACUUUUUAGCAAAUUGGCUUCAUGCAUCUCCAGGAUUGUGCAUAGUAUCCGAACUUGUCCAGGACUUCUGCAAACCUCCUGAAAUGGAACCAAAUAGAAAGGAUAAUGAGGACUCAGCCAAAAUACAGAGUUGGUUUGAAGAACACAACCCUUUUGCGGAAACUGGGAAUCUUGUUGCUCUCGGCACAGAGACAAUAGGGCAAGAUCUUAAUUGCCACGAGGCAGAAAUGGUUGGGAAGCGAAUAAUGGAAAUAACAAUCGGCCAAAAUUAUGAAGAAGUCCAUUACGAUAGAAGUGACUGUGUGCGUCAUCUAUCCGUUGAUAAAUCUAUAGAAAUUGAGGACGUUAAUGUACCUUUAGAGCCUGAUACUAUUUUGAAACGUAUUGACAAAACAUCCAAAGAAAGGAAUGAAUCUUUCUUUGAAUACGAAUUGGCGCCGUAUCCAAUGUCGCUCUUUGAUGACCGAGGGAUGUCUGAAGCGAAUAAGUCUUCCUUAUUCGAUCAGUUUCUUCCAGUAGAAAUAACAGAUGGAGAUAACCGGUUCCAUGUAUUAGAUGGCGAAUUCCUCUUGCGCAAAGUUACUUGGAAAGAGGGCGCUACUGUUUCAAAUAUAUCCUACGCGUAUGUAGAAUAUGUAAAGAAACAUUACAAAAACGCUAUUGUAAUGUUUGGCACCAACAAAGCAUCAGACACAGCGAGACGUAGCAAAGUUAAGAAAACUCCGAUUGUGGAGUUCCAGAAAGAUACAGUGUUAACUGUUGAUAAAGAUAACUUUUUGGCCAAUGAAAAGAACAAAGACAGAUUUAUACAGUAUCUGGUUAUAGAUUUCACACGCUCCGGGAUAAAAAUCAAAUUGAAUUCCAACGAUUUACAUACGAAUAUCGUUCAAGCAGCCAUUGACAAUGCUUCGACAUACGAUAAAACAUUUAUAGUCAGCGACAAUGCAGAUUUGCUGCUGCAAAUGUGUAUUAUUUCAAACAAAGAUAACGUGUACUUCAUGAAACCUUCGAAAACCCCAACCUACUUCCAUGUAGAUAGCUUCAGCAGCAACAAAAUUAAACUUAGCAUGCUCUUUUUACACGCUGUUUCCGGAUCCGAUUCUACCUCUUCAAUUUUCCAAAAAGGAAAAACUCAGAUAUGCUCAACACUGUCCAAAAUGAAUAUGAAAGACAUUAAAAACCUUAUGACCAUUUUCGCGAAUCCCACUUCUGAUAAAAACGAAAUAGCCGAAGUGGGGAUAGAUUUCAUUCGACGUCUGUACGACGUUCAGAAUAAAUACUACGAUUUAAAUCCUCUCAGAUAUGACAUAUUUUCUAAAAGUGUCACUAGAAGCAGAUAUGAUUUGGCAUGUGUACCGCCCUCAAAUGAAGCUAUAAGACAGCAUAUGUAUAGGACUUAUCAUCAGAUACAGAAAUGGCUUGGGCAUGAGCUGCCUCCAACAGACUGGGGAUGGAGAUUGGUCGAAAAUCGCUUAGAACCGAUAACAUUUGUAGCUGAAGUCGCUCCCAAGGAGUUAUUAAACUUAAUUAGUUGUAGAUGUUAUGGUGUGUGCUCUGUCAACUGUGUGUGCAAACAAGUUAGUUUAGAUUGUUGUGUGCUCUGUAUUAAUUGCAACGGGAAAUCUUGCCACGGCUUAGAUUUAAGUUUAGACAGUGAAACAGGUUAUAAUGCCCUCUUAAAGAGUGAUGCUUAUGGGAAUCCCAUUGACCCCUUUGCUGUUAGUAAAGAGGAGAGUGACGAUGAUGAAGAGGAAAUGGUGGAGGAACCUGAACCAGUAGCUCCGAGACCGAAACGGGCGAAGAGAGAGACAAACGUUGAUGAUAUGAGUCAACAGGAGCUUGAGCAAGUGUAUAUUGUUGAGUAAGAUUCAGAUGAUGUUGCAAAUGCUGGCGAUGGAGCGGAUGAAUGAAUGAAGCAAAAAAAUGGUGGCUGUUGACAAUUAUGACAGACAGUAUUAAGAUUUUUUUUAUAUCCCACCUUUUCAUACAAAUGUGUGAUUGCAAAGUUAUUCAUGUGACGAUUUUCAAAAGUUUUGUAAUAUUCCGGCUGUGGGCGAAUUGUGUUCAGAAGGUAGUUACAAAGCUACAUAUAUAAUUAUUAUUUUGAUUUGGUUUAUCACAUUGCAAUUAUACAAUGUGUCAGGUACAAUCAUUUAUUUUAUAACUUUAAGCCAUAUAAAUGAGCAUAAGAUUUUUUUAGGUAUCAUGCCAUACAUUUAUAAUGUAAUUUAGUUUGACAUAGAUAUCUGUGUGCAUUUUUGUUAUUAUCUCAUAAGUUUUACGUAUGUAAGAUUAAAGUAAUAGAAACAAAUUACUACUUA